GCGGAGAAAGGCAUUGUGGGCAACGUAGUGUGGGCCCUCAGAAUGGGCCACAGGGCCGCCAUAGCGGGGAGCAACAUGGCGACGUCGCUUGGCAACCCGCGUGAUUGACAGCUCUAAAAGCCAAUCAGCAAGGAAAAAACAAACGAGGAGGAGAGGCAGAGCCAAUAAAAUGCCGAGCUUCGCCGGAAAGGGAGGGACCGGCGGAGUGUGUACGGAAAGAAGCGAAAGCGCCGCGGAGCCACCGGGACCGGACCGGGAUCAUCGGGAUCGGAAUUACCGGGAUUGUCGGGAUUACCGGGAUUAUCGGGAUCGAGCAGGGCGCCCAGAGCCCUCCAGGCUCCGCCGGGGAUGUUCCACGGCAUCGCGGGCCCGGCCGGGAUGGGCGCAGCGCCCGGGAAUAAACCGGAGCUUUAUGAGGAGGUGAAGCUCUACAAGAACGCCCGGGAACGGGAGAAGUACGACAACAUGGCGGAGCUGUUUGCGGUGGUGAAGACGCUGCAGGCGCUGGAGAAGGCGUACAUCAAGGACUGCGUCAGCCCCAACGAGUACACGGCGGCGUGCUCGUGGCUGCUGGUGCAGUUCAAGGCGGCGCUGAAGCAGGUGCAGGGCGGCGACAUCGGCAACAUCGACGACUUCUGCCGCAAAUUCCGGCUGGAUUGCCCCCUGGCCAUGGAGCGGAUCCGCGAGGAUCGCCCGAUCACCAUCAAGGACGACAAAGGGAACCUGAACCGCUGCAUCGCCGACAUCGUCUCCGUACGCCCCAAAAAAUGGGAAUUUUAUGGGAAUUUUGGGAAUUCUGGGGCUGUUUGGGAAUG